AUGGCAUCGUUCAUGGAUUUUCAAGUCUGGGACUUCCCCGGCCAGAUUGAUGUCUUUGAUAACCCAAAUUUCGACAUCGAGGCUGUAUUCGGUGAGAUAGGGGCGUUGAUAUGGGUGAUCGACGCACAAGAUGACUAUCUCGAGGCUGUUGCGAGACUGAACAACACCAUCCUCAAUCUGCAACGGACAUAUCCGAACAUAAAUAUCGAGGUGUUCAUUCACAAAGUUGACGGUCUAUCGGACGACUACAAACUGGAUAUCCAGAGAGAUAUCACUAUCCGCAUUCAGGACGAGCUCUCCGAUGAGGGCUUCGAAAACGCGCCUGUAACAUUCCACCUGACUAGUAUCUACAACCACUCUAUCUUCGAGGCCUUCAGCAAGGUCAUUCAGAAGCUGAUUCCGCGCCUCGGUCAACUGGAGGCAAUGCUCACCUCGCUGUGCCGUACAUGCCGCUUUGAGAAGGCGUACUUGUUCGAUGUUCUCAGCAAGAUUUACAUCGCCACGGACAGCGCACCCGCAGACAUGGCAUCAUAUGAGAUCUGCUCCGACUACAUCGACGUGAUCAUCGACGUGACGGAGGUCUACGGCAGUUGGAACCGGUCCAAGGGGUACCGCGAGCAGCUCGAGGGCCCGCCGUGGAACCAGAAGCUCGAGGAUCAGGUCGCGUGCAACUGGGCCGAGAGCGCUGUCGUAGUGGCCGAGGGCAGCCGGCCCAUCAUGUUGCGCGAGGUGGAUAAGUACCUGGCGCUCGUCGCAAUCAUGAAGGAGGGCUCGGGCGACAAGAUGCCGCUGGUCAACAUGAACGUCGAUGUCGUGGUCAAGGGCCUCACGGAGUUCUUUGAUAUUACCAAGCCGAAGAAAUGA